AUGGCGGAGGCGGCGAGGCGGACGCUGCCGCUGGUGAACCUGGCGGCCGUCAUGGAGCGCGCCGACGAGGCGCUGCUGCCCGCGGUGUACCGGGAGGUGGGCGCCGCGCUGGGCGCCACGCCCGUGGCGCUCGGCGCGCUCACGCUCUACCGCUCGGCCGUGCAGGCCGCCUGCUACCCGCUCGCCGCCUACGCCGCCGUGCGCUACAACCGCGCCCACGUUGUCGCCGUUGGGGCCGUUCUCUGGGCCGCCGCCACCUUCCUCGUCGCCGUCUCCGACACCUUCGCCCAGGUAGCGAUAGCUAGAGGUUUGAAUGGUAUUGGCCUAGCACUUGUCACCCCAGCAAUCCAAUCUCUAGUGGCAGAUUGCUCUGAUGACAAUACUCGAGGCGCCGCAUUUGGAUGGCUUCAACUCACAGGCAACAUUGGUUCAAUUAUUGGUGUCGGUGUGUUGGUUGGCGUAUUCGCAGUGGACCCCCAUUUCCUCCAUGUUGAAAGUGGCGAGCAGCUGUUGCGCAAGUCUGCAUGGGCAGAGAUGAAGGAUUUGGUGAGAGAAGCCAAGGCUGUUGUAAAAAUCCCAUCAUUUCAGAUCAUUGUGUCUCAGGGUGUCACAGGCUCGUUUCCAUGGUCUGCCCUGGCCUUUGCCCCAAUGUGGUUGGAGCUGAUGGGGUUUACACAUAACAAAACUGGACUCCUCAUAACAACAUUUGCACUGGCAAGCUCACUUGGAGGGCUAUUAGGUGGAAAGAUGGGGGAUCACUUUGCUAUUCGCUUCCCAGAUUCUGGUCGAAUAGUCCUGUCACAGAUAAGCUCGGCUUCUGCUAUUCCACUGGCUGCUCUAUUGCUUUUGGGGCUCCCUGAUAACUCCUCUUCUGGUUUCUUGCAUGGACUUGUCAUCCCGAUAUUUGCUGAGAUUGUACCUGAGAGGUCAAGAACAAGUAUCUAUGCAUUGGACCGUUCUUUUGAGUCAGUUUUAGCUUCAUUUGCUCCACCGGUUGUUGGGUUUCUAGCUGAGCAUGUUUAUGGCUACAAUCCCAUCUUCUAUGGAGCUGCAGAUGACAAUGUUGGCAGGGAUAAAUCAAAUGCUGAUGCCCUAGCCAAAGCUCUGUACACGUCGAUCGCCAUCCCUAUGCUGCUUUGCUGCUUCAUCUACUCCCUGUUAUACCGCACAUACCCACGCGACAGGGAGAGGGCAAGGAUGGACACUCUGAUCGCUUCAGAGCUCCAGCAGAUUGAACUGGAAAGAUGUCAUGGGCUAGGGGGUUAUUAUUCUGGAAGGAAGGAGGACGCCACUGUAAUCGAUAUGGAGUACAGCGAGGAAGAUUUCGAUGCCGAUGAUGAUGAAAAGGGGCUGAUGGAACAGCAGGCUAAGCAGAGUGGCAGUGUCAAGUGGCACAGGAAUGAUUCACAAAAUUUGUGA